AUGAAUUUACAGGAUAUUGCUCAGUCCCUAGAACUUGGAUUCUCUAGCAGCAACAUUGAAAUGAUACCCUUACAACCACCAGUUCAUAAGUACUCUAAUUAUCUAAUGACUUCUCCUCCCUCUAAUUUCUCAUUCAUGGGCAAUCCUAUUGAAGAACCAAAUAUCCCAAUUCUUUCAUCCAUUGAUGAAAUUAUUGCAUCUGCUCAUAGUAGUGGAAAUGAGUAUUCAUGUUUACAAAACAGAAAUUCUAUGGAGGCAAUGAGGGAGAUGAUUUUUCGUAUGGCGAUGAUGCAACCGAUUCACAUUGACCCUCAAUCAGUGAAGCCACCAAAAAGAAAGAAUGUCAAGAUAUCAAAGGAUCCACAGAGUGUAGCGGCGAGGCAUCGGAGGGAACGAAUAAGUGAAAGGAUUAGGAUUUUACAAAGACUUGUCCCAGGAGGCACAAAAAUGGACACAGCUUCUAUGUUGGAUGAGGCUGUCCACUAUGUUAAGUUUCUAAAGAAGCAACUUCAUUCCUUAGAGCAAGCAGCGGUUAAUAAUAAGCCUAAUAUGGUUGCUGGAUUUUCAUCAACGUUCUCGCCAGUGCCAAUGAAUUAUAAUUCAAGCUCUAGUGCGCAAAUGCUAAGUUAA